AUGUUCCCCAGCCCCGCGCUCACACCCACGCCGUUCUCUGUCAAAGACAUCCUGAACCUGGAGCAGCAACAACGCAGCCUGGCCGCCGGGGAACUCUCGGCGCGCCUGGAGGCCACCCUGGCGCCGGCCUCCUGCAUGCUGGCGGCCUUCAAGCCCGAGGCCUACGCGGGGCCCGAGGCUGCAGCUCCCGGCCUCCCGGAGCUGCGCGCCGAGCUGGGCCCCGCGCCUUCGCCCGCUAAGUGCGUCCCUGCCUUUCCCACCACACCCGCAUUCUACCCGCGUGCUUACGGCGACCCCGACCCUGCCAAGGACCCUCGGGCCGAUAAGAAAGAGCUGUGCGCGCUACAGAAGGCGGUGGAGCUGGACAAGCCCGAGGCGGACGGUGCUGAGCGGCCCCGAGCGCGGAGGCGACGGAAGCCGCGGGUGCUCUUUUCGCAGGCCCAGGUCUAUGAGCUGGAGCGACGCUUCAAGCAGCAGCGGUACCUUUCGGCUCCUGAGCGAGACCAGCUGGCCAGCGUGCUGAAACUCACGUCCACGCAGGUCAAGAUCUGGUUCCAGAACCGGCGCUACAAAUGCAAGCGGCAGCGGCAGGACCAGACUCUGGAGCUGGUGGGGCUGCCCCCGCCGCCGCCGCCGCCCGCGCGCAGGAUCGCCGUGCCGGUGCUGGUACGCGAUGGCAAGCCUUGCCUGGGGGACUCGGCGCCCUACGCGCCCGCUUACGGCGUGGGCCUCAACGCCUAUGGCUAUAACGCCUAUCCCGCCUACCCGGGGUACGGCGGUGCGGCCUGCAGCCCGGGGUACAGCUGCGCCGCCGCUUACCCCGCAGGCCCGCCCCCCGCGCAGCCAGCCACGGCCGCCGCCAAUAACAACUUCGUGAACUUCGGCGUGGGGGACUUGAACACGGUGCAGAGCCCAGGGAUCCCGCAGGGCAACUCGGGGGUGUCCACGCUGCACGGUAUCCGAGCCUGGUAG